UUUGGGGCCAGCCGCACUGUUCGAACCACGCUCCCAUGCUUCUGGAGCGGAACGCCGGCACCGGCCGGGCGUGCCCGCUGCCCCCUCGCGCCAUCGCCUCCUCUGGCCGCAGCCGUUUUGGCUUAGGGCCCCACCUGCCGCGAGUGCCCGCCUCCCCCCUGUUCUGAUCCCCCUCGCCCGCUCCGCCCCGUCUCGACUCCGAUCCCGUGGCCUCGCUGCGGUACGGCACCCCCCCCUGCCUCGCAGGGGCCCCCCGGGCCGAUGCCUGGCGGAGGCCUGGCCGCAGGCCCCCGUGCCCAGCCGCGCUGGCGCUGCCGGGGAUGAGCACCCGGCGGGGCCAGAAGCGCCCCCGCGGCGAGGACAUCCGGCGGCCCCCCUGGCGGCGGAGUUCCCGCUGGCCUGCGGGCUGCCGCCUCCGCAGGCCGGCGCCGUGGGCGCGGCGCUGGAGCGCUGGGGCUCCCUGCGCUCCCGCGCCGAGGCGCUGCAGCCGGCGCUGCGGCGGGAGGGCCGCCUGGUGCAGGAGAUCCUCGACGGGGUGCUCGGCGGGGAGGACCGCGGCACGCUGCGCCGGCUGGCGAGCGGCUGCGGCCGCGAGGCCCAGGCGGUGGCGCGGCAGGUGGCCGCGUCCAUCGGGGGGGACGGCGAGCGGUUGCGGGGCAUCCUGGCGCAGAACCAGCGGGAGCUGCUGGAGCUGUCGGCGAUGGCCGCGCCCGAGAGCAGGAGGGGCCUGCUGGCCGAGAUGGACGCCGUGCUCGACGAGCUCCGCCGCGCGCAGGACGCGGUCCACGGGCAGCUCCUCGCGGCGAAGGGGGAGGCCGACAUGGCGGCGGUCCGCUCCGCGGGGAGGUCCCUCAACGGCCUGAAGGCCCUGACGAAGCGCCUGGACGGCGAGAAGCGGGGGCUCACCAAGAACUCCGCGCUCGCGGCGCUGCUGAUCACCGUCUGCCGCCGGGUGCUGCCCGUCCGCCAGGUGGACCCCUCCGCGCUGCGCGCCCCGCCGCCCUCGUACGGCGGGUACCUGCAGAUACUGGACUUCUACUUUUUCUCCGACGCCAGCCGGUUCUGCUUCGGGGAGCACUUCUCAGGGCCGAACUGGUUCACGCGCCUCAAGCGGAACAUCGCGAUCCUGACGGUGAAAAACGCCUCGGGGCGCAGCGUGUACGACGGAUUUGGGGAGGUUUGCCGUGAGCGGGGAGCACAAGACUCCCGGCGCGCCGCCGGCGCCCCUCCCGGGCCCCCUGCGCUCCAUCGAGGCCGAGGACCCGACGAGCACGGCAGGGUCUUUGACCGGCGGCACGACGCCGAGUUCAAGCUGCUCACUGGGCUCUGCGCGGCCGUGCAGGCGGAGUCGGGCGGCUGCGGUGCUCCUGUAGCGGCCUGGGCAGCCACGGCGACGCUCUGGUCGAAGAAGCCCCUGUGCCGCAGCUGCGCGGGAGCGGUGCGGCAGGUGCAGGGCCGCUUUCCCCUGCUGAAGCUGGAGGUCGUCGUAGGUCGGACCCAGGAUUUCAUCCACGAUGGGAGUCCGACACGGUCAGGACCGCCGACCUCCCCAAGGAGGACCCGCCCGGCGGAGGGGCGGGCGGCCUGGCCCCUGCGGAGACCGAGCCGCGGGAGCGCCGGCCCCCGGGCGCGGGGUAGCCCGUGCUCCUCGGGGCUCGGCCUGCCCCCGUCUCCUGCUGCGCUGGAGCCGCGGCCAGGCUUCUGUUCGGGGUGAGGGCAGCAGACGCCGCCCGGCGCACCCGAGCUCGCCGGUGCUCGGCCCUCGGAGCGGGGCGGGGCGGGAGGCCGGCCGGGCCGGCCCGCCCCCCCUCCUCUGCGUGUCUUACAUGCUCCGCGCGCGGGGACCGAGCCGCGUGCGGGCACGAGGAGCCGCCCGCGGGAGCGCCGCGGACCCGGCUCUGGAGCCCCGGCUGUUUCAGGUCCGAGGGCGACAAGACAGCUUCCUCCUCCUCCUCCUCCUC